AUGGAAUUCAACAUUGUCUCAAGAGAGUUAAUCACACCAUCUUCCCAAACUCACCAUCUUGAACCUUACAAACUUUGUCUUAUUGACCAAAUUUCUCCAAAAUAUUAUUUCCCUGUCAUUCUCUUCUAUUCCAAUAGUGAUGCCAAACUCUUUGACCUCUCAAAAACCCUAACCCAAAUGAAAAUAUCAUUGUCAGAAACACUCAACUUGUAUUAUCCUUUGUCCGGAAGAGCAAAAGAUGAUCAAUACAUAGAUGAUUUUCAAGCUGGUGUUCCUUUCUUUGAAGCCAAAAUCAAUUGGCAAAUGUCAGAAUUCUUCCAAAGAGAAAUUGAGUUUCAUAACCAAUUACUCCCUUUUCAACCAUUUGGAAAAACACCCAAUAAUAAUAUUCCUCCAAUUGCCUUCCAAGUGAACAUAUUUGGUUGUGGUGGAAUUGCACUUGGUAUUGUCUUCUACCAUAUGAUUAUGGAUGCUGCAACAAUGAGCAACUUUCUCAAAUCUUGGGCUGCUUUUUCUUCGGGUUCAACUCACAAGGUAAUAAACCCUAAUCUCGUUGAAGGAACUAUUCUUUUUCCUCCAAAAGAAAUUGAUUUUCUCAACGACUACACAUCAGUAGUGAAUCGCUUCUUUUUCAAUGAGGGAGAGUAUACGGCCAAGAGAUUUGUUUUCGCCAUUGAAUCAAUACAAACCCUAAUAGAGAUGGCGAAAAGUAAACACGUACCAAACCCUACUCGUAACUUGGCUGUCACUUGUUUCAUAUGGAAACAUAUUAUGGCAGCAUAUUGGGCUGAUUCCGAGCCCAAUGAUCUUAUUACAGCUUGCCAAGUGAUGAACAUUCGUCCGCGAAUGAAGUCUCGCCAUAAUGGUGAUUCAUUAGAUGGUGUUGUGGGAAACUUAGUUGGGCAUGUAGGCUCAGUUUUUGAUCCUAAUAACGACCAUCAAAAUGUUAAGAAUAGUUCUGACAUUAAGUUGAGUGAUUUGGUGAGACGACUAAAGGAAGCCAUGGAAGGAUUUGAGGACUAUUUUCUAUGCCAAGUGAAAAAAGGUGGUGAGGAGGCUUCAUCUGAGAUGUUGGAACAAGUAGGGAAUCUGAGUUUAUUGGAUAAGUUAGGAAAGCCUAAUCACUUCAUUUCGUUCACCAAUUGGAAAGGGUUUUUCAAAGAGGUUGAUUUUGGUUUUGGGAAGUCAUUUAAGGUAGAGCCAAUCUUAGGAAAGAUCAUGAGUAACCAAUGUGGAAAUAUGGUGAUAUUGGUUGAUGCUGAUCGAUGGGGUAAAGGUUCUAUGGAAGUCUUUAUUAUAUUAGAACACAAACAAGUGUCACUAUUAGAAAGAGAUGAAAAUUUUUUAGCCUUUACUUCUAAAAGCUCCUAA